CGGCACCGAUAAGGUAAACUAGAAGACUGUACUGAUGUUAACUCUAUGUUUGUGUUGGUUGGUCAUCCGACGUUUGUACGUUUAAGAUUUCUGUUUUAACGCUAUUCCCCGGGAUUUCUGCAGUGUUGUCUGUCUGUGGGGAAGGAGAACGAAACAGCUUAGAUUAUGCACCUGGGACCAGUGGCGGAUUAGUCGUGAAGAUAAACUGAACUGACACCUUUCAAUAUGGCGUCCAGAAACGACACGGGGGGCUCCGCAGUUUCCGGGGAAGAUCUGGACCACGCCCAUUAUCCCGACGGUGGGUCUGACCACGAGGCGGUGGAGGUGGAGGAUGUUGGGUCAGAGGCUUCCAAGAGCGGCGGAGCCUGGACUGUUGCGAGCGGAACCGGAAGUCCCGACGAGCUGAUGCUUCUGGAGAGCGAUUGUGCGCCCCCCUCCCGUGAAGACAGCGUCUGGAGUGGCGGAAGUCGGAGGGGACGAAGUGGGGGCGGGUCACGUGUGUCGUAUGACAGUAGUGACAACCAAGAGGGUCUCGGGUUUCGCUCACGCGAUGACGGUGCGUGUUCAUACGCCAAUAAUCGGACCGGAAAUCUCAGUAGCAGGCAGUCCACUUCUUCGGAGCUUCGUCUUCAGAUGGACCGGAUGCAAAAAGCGGACGAGGAAAGGAAGAUGGCAGCGAGGAAGAAAAGAGAUGAAGAGGUUGCGCUUCUUCGUAGGAAAAUGGAAGAAGUAAGGAGGCGAAAAGGUAUUGAACUCGUGCCGGGGUCACGUGAUAGCCGCGGAGUGAUACGAGCGUUCCUGACCGAGGAAGAGAAAAUGGCGAUGGAGAGUCAACAGAAAGAUCUCGCUCGAGAGUCAGUGGAAAUGAUUUCACAAAUAAAAUCAAAACAUGGCAUUCCAAAGGACAAAGAAUCGUCUCCUGACGUGGUGGUCAUGGCAACUGAGUUCUACAGCAGCAAGGAGAUGCCAAACGAGCUGCUACCUGAUCACAUCCGGCUGAAUCUCACCACCGAGGAGAUCCGGGACCUCAAGCUGGUGUUUGACAUGUUUGACGUCAAAGGAAGGGGCUACAUCAUCUCCUACGACCUGAGGAGAGCAGCGGGGAUGCUUGGUUUCACAGCAAAGAAACACGUGUUUAAGGAGAUGAUAGACGAGCUUUCCACAGAUCAAAAAGGGAAGGUCACUUUUAUCAACUUCUUGGAGUUUAUCAUCAAGUCGCAGGGUGAGGGGCCAGAUCCAUACGAGGAGAUCAUACAGUGUUUUCAUCUUCUGGACGUAUCUGGGAAAGGUUUCCUGACUUUCUCUGACUUGCGGGAGGCGGCUGACCACACCCAGGUGCGCCUGUCCAACAGGGCGGUGCGGGAGAUGCUGCAGGAGGCCGACGUCACGGGGGACGGGAAGAUCACCCCCGACGAGUUCGUACACAUCAUGUUGCAGACCAACACCUUCAGACUGACCAACAAGGGCAGGACCAGGCUGAAGUGAUGCUGUAAAAAACUACCAAAGUUCAAAAGUGACGUUUAUGAUACUUGUGCUACAUGUGAUAUCUACAGACUUGUGGCAGCGACAAGCGCUUACGGUCAAAGGGAGAUAACUCUAGAUACCGGAAGUGAUAACGAAUGUCAACACUGUUGUUAACUUUAUUGCUAUUUACCUCAUUAUUCAUACAUCAUCAUAAUCAUAAUCAUCUAUAUGUUGAUUGGUUGUCUUGUCUACAGUUGCAUGUCAGUAAAUAAAUCUUUAAUGUACUUAACGCCCUGAUUUUCAGUCUCUGGGAAUCUCUCACCAGAUCUUCCCCUUCAACCUUCUGUCCAUCUUUAGACAUUUUUUAACACCUGCAGGGCUUCCCUCAGUCUAUUUAUAUCUUGCAUUAAGCACCGCCUUUGAUGCUUAAUGCAAUGUCUUCUAAUUGGCCACCUACAGGUAGCUUCCUUCCAUACCUGACUUCCUCCUCACUUCUUGUGCUGCUGUUGAGGAGGAAGGAUAUGUUUUUUUCCUCAGGUAUGGAAUGGCCACUUUUCAAUCUGUUUUCAUCUGCCUCUGUCAGAAAUUAGUAUCUAUAUUAGGGUGCUGAAUUUAACCGAAUAACAUAUAUAAUAUCUUUAAAAGUAAUAUUAAAUUAGUAAAUGAAAUAUUAAUAUUAUAUAACUAAUUAAUAUUAAUUGACCACAUGGUCAAUUUUGGCCCAUGUGCUUUUUCAAGUAUUAUAUAAUGUUAAUGUUAGAUUACUACUAGUUUUAUUAUGGUUACAAAAUGGCUUUGUACUUCUAUGUUAAAAUAUAUAUACCUGUAAUUCUGCAAAUACCUGACUUCAUGUGCUGCUGUUGAGGAGGAAGGAUGUGUUCUUUUCUUCAGGUUAUUUCUUCAACAGCAGCCAGCCCCAUCAUGUAAUAAAAGCGUAAACAUCAUCUGCUCGUGUCUGUGUUCUCCACCAGCCUGAGCCGGAUCAAAUACACCACCCCGGCUACAAAUUUGGCGCCCAACUUCGGGCUGAGCACGUUCAUAUUAAAUUUGAGCAAAAG